CAAUGGACGCGACUUGUUUUUCGCUAUCUUUGGCCCUGUCCUGUGGCAUUGUUCGAACGGCCAACAAAGCCAACAAAGUGACUUUUACCACUAGAUAUAAAGACAGCUAUGGUCUUCCCAGGUUCUGUACCAAUCUUUGCUAAGCUUUUCUCACUUUCUGCCUCUAAAGUUCUCCUGCGUCUGCGUCGCAAUGUACACUAACCCCCUCCACCCUUCGAUCCCUAACACCUACCAGUCUGGAUUCUCUGCUCUUGGGCCUGCGGUCAUUGGAACAUCUGACGCUUCUCUACAUCCGAGCUGGAAACGCGUGCCACAAAUCCCAUUAUCUUGCCAGAGUAGCCGGACCCCUCAUUCCCAGUCUCCGAUCAUAUUCGAGAUGCGUGGCGUCAAGUAUAAAGGCAUUUCAGUACGGGACUUAAUGAGCAGAGGUCCCGCAGAAAUACCACAGAUGCUUGUUGGAGGGAACGAUGUGUACCUCCAAGGUGGCCAAGACAGGAUUUAUCUUCGUGUCCCGUGGCCAGGAUACGAGCAUCUCAAUUACUUUUACGAGAUCAAGUUCAAUCCUCGCACUGGCAUAACACUCGCCAUUCUUGCUGAGGAAAUCGGUAGCAGGAUCAACCAAUUUUAUUCUGCGGCACAGUAUGCGGCGAGCUCUAAACAAGGAUGGCGUGUAGGCCCACGAAACAUCCGUCUCGAACACAUGAUCCUCCUCUCGUUAUGGAACACCCACGAGAACUGUUGGCAGGCAGAAAUUGCCAUUCAUUCUUAGCCCUAUACCCCGGUCACUGAUACCUAUUGGACUGUUUUCACUUAUCGCAUAUUUGAUUCUUCGACAUCCUAGACAUCAUACGCCCUGGUGGCAUCGCAUUGCCUCAUUACCUUGUAGCACCUUACUCCUGCCAUCGUCAUGUAUCAUUAGAACCUCUCAUCUUUUCAUUAAAAUUAGCAUAUUUUUCUCUAAUAUUUGUCGGUCA